AUGGCCGCAUCCACCCUGUCCGUCUGCUCCAGCGACCUGAGCUAUGGCCGCCGCGUCUGCCUGCCCGGUUCCUGUGACUCUUGCAGCGACUCCUCCUGGCAGGUGGAGGACUGCCCAGAGAGCUGCUGUGAGCCCUCCUGCUGUGUCCCCAGCUGCUGCCAGCCCCCCUGCUGUGUCCCCAGCUGCUGCCAACCCUCCUGCUAUGUCCCCAGCUGCUGCCAGCCCUCCUGCAGUGUCUCCAGCUGCUGCCAAUCGCCCUGCUGUGUCCCCAGCUGUUGCCAAUCCCCCUGCUGUGUCCCCAGCUGUUGCCAAUCCCCCUGCUGUGUCCCCAGCUGCUGCCAAUCCCCCUGCUGUGUCCCCAGCUGCUGCCAAUCCCCCUUCUGUGUCCCCAGCUGCUGCCAGCCCUCCUGCUGCACAUGUUCCCCCUGCCAGCAGCCCUGCUGCGUGCCGGUGUGCUGUAAGACUGUCUGUUGCACACCCAUCUGCUGCAAGCCUGUCUGUUGCACACCCGUCUGCUGCAAGCCCGUCUGUUGCACGCCCAUCUGUUGCACACCCGUCUGCUGCAAGCCCGUGUGCUGCACACCCGUCUGUUCUAGGGCCACCACCUGCCCAGCCCCCUCGUGCUGCUGCAGACCCUCCUCUUGUGUGUCUGUCAUCUGCCGCCCCGUGUGCUCCCGCCCGGCCUGCUGCGUCCCCGCCUCGGCCCAGAAGUCCUGCUGCUGA